ACGGGUUACGAGAGUGGACUUUAAUAAAAUAUGGAGCAAGUAGCAGCGGUUGUACGACAGAAAUGUAAAUAUUACAAGCCACGAUAUUUACUUAGAAAUAAAAAGGAAACUCAACAGUGAAAAUUAGUUUCAAUUUAAUGAAAAGUCGACAAACUAGAUUAAUUAACAUUUUGUUAUAAAUUCUCUCCGGCUUUACAAAAGUAUAAUAUUUAUUGACGCUUUCACUUUUGCUGCAACGUAGCUCAACAGCAAUACCAGUAUGCGUUAUGUUAUCACUCUCCUGCUUGUAAUUUUCUGCACUAUAAUUGUAAAUGCCACUGAAACUACCAAAAACGAUAGUGUUUUUGUACCUACCAAGGAAUGGCAAACAGUUAAAAAAGGAAUUUCAAUACCUCAAGGUUUGCACAUACGACAUAAUUUGCAAACAGGAGUAAUAGAAGCUAAAUUGAUGGAUGAUGAUAAUGACAAAGAAAAAAGUUCUGAGGAUAAUCUUAACAGUUCACAACAAAAUUCUUUGACAUUACAUCCUGAAAAAUCAUUAACAGAUGAAGAAAAUCAUUUAUUAAAUAAAGAUGAAGCAACAAAUAAAAUGAAAAUUCCAAUUGAUGAAUUGAAAGCGAUGCUUAAAAGAAUCAAGUCAGAUGAUUCAUCAAAUUCAAACAAUGCUGAAGCAACUCAACCAGAGAGAAGAAAAAAAUUUAGAAGCUAUGUAGAGUUAAAAGAAGAACUGGAAGCAUUAAACAUGAAUGUUUCUACAGAUUCUCAAAUACUUAAUGGCCUAUUUAGUCAAUUCGAAUCUCAAAGAGAAUUUAUUUUAACAGAGAAUCUUGAUUCAGCAAAAGUGGAAGACGUCAUGGAAAUUCUCAAUAAUAUAGAAUAUCUCAUUCAUCAAAUAGAUAAUGCUCGAACAUUUACUGACAUGGGUGGAAUGUCAAAAAUUAUUUCUCCUUGUUUGAAUUCAACAAAUCCUGAAAUUAAAGCAGAGGCAUUGAAACUCUUGGGUGCAGCAGUUCAGUCUAAUCCUAGAGUUCAAUUAAAGGCACUAGAAAAUGACUUUAUCCAAAAAAUUUUACAUUUACUGACUGUAAAUAAUGUAGUUGUAGUUAAAGCUAGAUGCUUAUUUGCCCUUGGGGCUCUUGUAAGACAUUUUCCUGCAGCUCAAAAAGCUUUAGUUGAUAAUGGAGGUUUAGAAAUAUUUGGAAAAAUUUUAGCAGAUGGACAUUUUCAAGUUCAAGCAAGAGUUAUGAACUUAGUCAAUGAUUUAAUAAUAGAAAGACAAAAUUUAGAUGAAAAUCGUGACAACCUAAUGAGGAUUCAAAAACUGAAAGAAUAUGAAUCUACAAAUUUAGAGCAUAAACUAGUAAUGCAAGAAUAUUGUCAGAACUUAAUUGAUUUAGCAAUUAAUAGCCUGAAGACAAAUUCAGAUGUUGAUGACUUUUUUGAAGUAAUUUAUGAAAGUAUAAUAACAUUACAUUCUGUUUGCAAAAAAGAAAUUUUGAAUAAGGAAUAUGCACUUUCUUCGGAAGUAAAAAAAAUGUUAAUCAAAUAUCGUGAUUUCCCAAACGUAAAUGAAGAUGAUGAAAAUUUAAAUACUGAACAUUUGGAAUCUUUAGAAGAAAUAGAAAAUAUAUUGUCAAAACUACGUCACGAUGAAUUAUAGCACUUGACAAAGUUGUACUUAAUCACAGCCAUUAGGCAUAUAUCAUUAAUAACAUCUAUUUCAAGUGAGGUUAUUUUUUGUUGACAGAUAGAUGCAAUUGUAAAUUUUCUAUUACUAGUCUGAUAGACUGAAAGUACUCGUGAUUUAUCGAGACGUUGUAAUUAAUAUAAGUUUAUAAACUGUUGAAUAUAAAUAUUGCAAUAAAAUAUUUUGUAAAUAAA